AUGGUUAGACGGAACCUGGGUCAGUCCACUCGCUCCAUCUAUCUGGGACUGGCUUGUCUGUCCCUCAGUCUCCAUGUCCUUCUGGCAUUUUUUUGCCUUUCAGUCCUCCAGACUGCCUGUGUUUUUCCCACUUCUUCCUCUUCCUCCUCCAUUCCCAGAACAGAUACUCAACAUCACGAGUCUGUCUCCCAGUCUCCUGCUUCUGAUGCUGCCUCCUCAAACAAACUGCAGAGGCGCCCCCACGAUGAAGUGCGCUCAUUAAAUGAGGUCGCUGAGAAGUCAAAGAAACUGAUUGGAGUUGGAAAAAUAAUUCAGAAAGUCGAUGGUCCUUCUAAGUUUGGGGCACUGUUCAAGCAUCCGCUUUACAAUCUGCCACAGCCAGAGCUGCAGCAAGAUGAUUGGCUAAUGAGGCUGAAAACAGAAGAAGAUGCAAAGGAUACAGAAAGUCACGAAGAAGAGAACGAAGACAUCUUCCCUGACGAUAGUGAGUGGCAAAGCAACAGUCACGAGGAAGGCUAUGACAAAGUCACAUGGACAACUGAUGUGGAGACCCACCCUCCCUGGCUGCGGUUCCACCUGGGCAUCUCUCGCUGGGAGCUGUACAACAGGAAAGACCCCAACCUAGCUCAGCUGACUCACUAUUUGGCAACACAGCGUAUCCUUGGCGCAGUUCAAAAGAAAGGAGGCACCCAACUGAAACUGCUCAUAUCGUUCCCAAAUUAUGGACAAGCUCUGCUCAAACCCAUGAAGCAAUCCAGACAUGCAGAGACUGAUGUAAACCUCUUUUACUUCUCUGACUUUGAAAGACACAACGCCGAGAUCGCUGCCUUUCACCUUGACAGAUUGCUGGGCUUUAACAGAAUCCCUCCAGUGGUUGGACGGCUCAUCAAUGUUACCACAGAGAUCAAAGAGAUUACCACCGACCGCAGGCUGUCUAAGACCUUCUUCACUUCCCCUGCUGGGAACGUGUGUUUCUAUGGGCAGUGUGAAUACUACUGCUCAGUGGAGCACCCGGUGUGCGGUCAGCCACAUAUGCUGGAGGUUUCCCUGGCUACCAUGCUGCCUGACCUCACCAUUGCCCCUCGCAGGUCCUGGAGGUCCCCAUGGAGGCGAUCUUACAGCCGCACCAAGCUUGCACAGUGGGAAAAAGACCCAGCUUACUGUGAUACAGUGAAGCAGACACCUCCUUACAAUCAAGGAACCAGACUGGUGGAUCUCAUAGAUAUGGCUGUCCUGGACUUCCUCAUGAGCAACAUGGACAGACAUCACUAUGAGACGUUUGAGCAAUUUGGCAACAACACUUUUCUUCUGCACCUUGAUAAUGGACGGGCGUUUGGGCGUCACUCUCAAGAUGAGCCAUCCAUUCUAGCUCCAUUGCAGCAGUGUUGCAGGAUCCGUCGCUCCACCUUCCUCCGCUUGCGUCUGCUGUCUCUUCCUGAUUUCCGACUGAGCGACAUCAUGCGGGAAUCGCUGACUCAGGAUCCUUUGUCACGAGUGGCCCCUCUCCUCUCAGAACCACAUCUGUCCGCGUUGGACCGGCGCCUUGCAAAAGUUCUGCAAGCAGUGCAGACGUGUCAGGAAAAGCAUGAUGACGUCAUUUACAAUGACAUAGAGGGACACGAUCAAGGACCACGAUCAGCUGUUACAGCCUGACUGAAUAUAGAAAAACAUUCAAUUACACCUGACAUAUAGAUUA